AUGGACAACCACAAGGAUCGCAUUGAAUCCAUGAGCCUGAUUCUCCGGGUCAUGCAACUAUUUGGCCUCUGGCCUUGGUCUCUGAAAGCAGACGAGGAGUCGACUUUCUCCGGUUUCAUGAAGCGCAACUACCGCUUCCUGCUGCACCUGCCCAUAACCUUCACCUUCAUCGGACUCAUGUGGCUGGAGGCCUUCAUCUCGAGUAAUUUGGAACAGGCUGGACAGGUUCUGUACAUGUCCAUCACGGAGAUGGCUUUGGUAGUGAAGAUCCUAAGCAUUUGGUACUAUCGAACUAAGGCCUGGCAGCUGAUGCACGAGCUCCAACAUGCCCCGGAUUACCAACUUCGCAAUCACGACGAGUUGAUUUUCUGGAGCCGGGAGCAGCGAUUCUUCAAGUGGUUCUUCUACAUCUACAUCCUGAUUAGCUUGGGAGUAGUAUACAGUGGCUGUACUGGUGUGCUCUUCCUGGAGGACUACGAACUGCCCUUUGCCUACUACGUCCCCUUCGAAUGGCGAAAUGAGCAAAGGUACUGGUUCGCUUAUGGUUACGAUAUGGCAGGAAUGACGCUGACCUGUAUCUCGAACAUCACCUUAGACACUCUGGGAUGCUAUUUCCUAUUUCACAUCUCUUUGUUAUACCGUCUACUGGGCCUAAGAUUGAGAGGUCUUAAAAGUAUAGAAGAUGAUUCUUAUUUUGGCCAUGAGUUGCGUGGCAUCUUUAUGAUGCAUCAGAAAAUAAGGAGGUUAACCCAGAGCUGUCAGAGAAUUGUGUCUCCUUAUAUACUCUCCCAGAUCAUUCUGAGUGCCCUGAUCAUCUGCUUUAGUGGAUACCGCUUGCAGCAUGUUGGGAUUCGAGAUAAUCCUGGUCAGUUCAUAGCUAUGCUUCAGUUCGUCAGUGUGAUGAUCCUUCAGAUCUACCUGCCUUGCUACUAUGGCAAUGAGAUAACCGUCUAUGCUAACCAGCUGACCAACGAGGUUUAUCAUACCAAUUGGCUGGAAAGUCGUCCACCGAUUCGCAGGUUACUAAAUGCCUAUAUGGAGCACCUUAAGAAACCUGUGACCAUUCGAGCUGGCAACUUCUUCGCCGUUGGAUUGCCUAUUUUUGUCAAGACCAUCAACAAUGCCUACAGUUUCUUUGCACUGCUACUGAAUGUUUCCAAAUGA